GGCAGUGCUGCAUGCCUGGCUACUCUGUGUAGGCGAAAGGAUUGAAUAUGUAACAGCGCCAACAUAACAACAGCCUCUUGUCCCACAGCGGGAGCGCGCUUGAAAAUACUCAGCCAAGACGAGACAUCUUCUGGCGAGGUUCAGACCCUUCCCCCGUCGCUAUUUGCCUCCUCCCUUCUUUCGUCUCAGCGGUGCUCGAUCAAUUUGAUCAUCGGCACAUCAUUAUCAGCCAAUUCAUCGUUGCUUCUCGAAUGCCCCACACCAUUCAAUCCAGCUACAUCAGCACUACGAGGACCUCUGGAAAUGCAAAUUCUCCCUUGACACCAGAAGCUUCCGACCAUACCAAUCUAUUUCCUGAUUAUGGAGAAUUUGUUGAUUGCGAAGCCUUGAGAGCUCAAACCCUCAAUGCUGACGGAACGCCGAAGCGACCAAUGAAUGCGUUCAUGAUUUUUGCUCGUCUGCGACGUCCACAGAUCUCUGCGGAAAACCAUGCUCUACGGACUGGAGACGUCAGCAAGAUCCUGAGCAAAGAAUGGGCCACAAUGCACUUUAGAGACAAAAAAUGGUACCAAGACCAGGCUAAAAAACUGAAGGCAGAGUUCAAGAACAAGUAUCCUCAUUAUGUCUACCGUCGCAAGUCUACUCGUAGACGGCAACGACUCCAACCCAACGGCUCCGCUGUUGGUAGUGUUAAAGACGGUCCUGCGCAAUCUGAAUGGUCAGAAAGCCCAGAGAGCGAUCUGGAAGAGUUAUGGCCAAGACGUUCUACUUUGGAAGAUCCGGCACUGGAUGUAAUAAUGAAUGCACGGCCGAGCCAGGUUCUGCAUGAAGAUGCCUCCAGACUAUCCAGAGAGGCAUCCUAUUCCAGGACAAAUAAUGUUCUUCGUCGUCUAUCCCAGCGCCCUGCCGCUCAUGUUCCAUCGUACCAUGUCCCUAGCUUCUUAAACACUCCAUUUUGCGCUGGAACUCCGGACUUGUCCUACAGGAUGCCCAUGGCCAACACCAUUCCUAACUCUUACCUGAUAUUUCCUAGGCGGGGGAUAUGAACAGUUGCCUACGUUCUGUUACGACCAAUAAUAUAUGUACGCUUCUCAUAAAGAUCCCUUGAUCACGGUAUUGCUAUAGAACAAUUUGUACUUCUGUAACGCUCGCCCUACUAGUCCAUAAUUUGAAAGACUCCGUC